AUGAAUCCAGAAAUAUGGUCUGUAAAGGAGGUUUGCGAUUGGCUUCGAAAAGAAAACUUUGAAAGACUAAUAGAGUUAUUUGAAGAAAAUAAUGUAGACGGCAAAGCUUUAAUGAAGCUUGAUAUAGAAAAGUUACGCCGAUUUAAAGUGCCUUCCAAAGAUCAUUAUGUUUUCCUGAACACAGUAGAAUUGCUUAAAUCUAAAUCUAUUCAAGGGGAUUUGGUUUAUUUGCAAGUUGGAAAGGAGAUGUUAGUUUAUUUUAAGUUUACAUUCUGUUUUUUAAUCAUUUCAUUUGUUUUAGAUAAUCCUCAUCCCCCAAUCGCUCGUUUAAUUCUCCCUCCGGAUCCAUCAACUUUAUUACCAUUUGAAAUUCAAAAGGAAAUAAUAGAUCUUGAAGAUGGUACUGACAUUAGUACUAGUGAUAAUGAAAUGUUCGAAAGUGAUGAAAAGUCUGGUGACGACGAAGCAAGUUCAAUGGAUUUAGAUGAUGAAGAAAACUUAAAUGAUGAACAAUUUACAGAAGAAGAAUAUAAAAGAGCAGAGGAGAAGAAAUCAGAUUAUGGAUAUCUUAGGCGUUGGAUGUACAUGGAAGACGAUGAAUUACUUCCAGUAUAUGGCGAAAGUGAUGAAGAGAACAAUUAUAUUUCUAGUGAUCUUGAAGAAGAAGUAAUGGAAGAGGAAGAUUAUAUCAGACAGAAAGGAGAAACAAGCCUCUUUAUUAUGAGAAAUGCUGAUGAUAAAGAGUCAGAAGUUAUAAUGUCUGAUGGCUUAAUAGAGCCUCAGGUUGAUCGUGCACAUCAAAUGAUCCUUGAUUAUAUUAAUGAUUUUAAAAAAAUCUGGGAAGAUAAAGAGUUGCAGAAAAUAGAAACAUCGCGCUACAAAUAUUGGAGGAAAUUAUUCCCACGAAAGCAACAGCGUGAACCCCAAAAAGUUAUCGAUGAAUUAACAGAACAACUACACAAAUUGAAUAAUGAGCGCCUUCCUCAAUUAAUCAACCAUGUGAAAUCCAAUAUUGAAUCAAAGUCAACAUUUGAUAAAGAUGCUAAACGUCAAUGUGGAAUAUUGGAUCCAACUUUACGAGAUAUAUACUUAUUAGAAUGGAAGGUAUCUCUGGCAAAAGGGCCACCACCGCCCAAGCCUGAUAAUAAACCUCGGCAAAAAAUAUUUAGUGUCGAAGAAGUUGAUAACAAGGAUGCGGUAAACCAAGAAUAUGAUAGUGCUGAUAGCUAUGAGUCAGAUUUCAUUGACGAUUCCGAAUAUAUAUACACCCCCGAAGAACUAGCAGAACUGAGAGAUGCUGGGAUCAUAAUUGCUGUUGCAGAACCGUCGACUACCUCACCAGAACAACCGAUUGAUAAGCCAGAGCCCAUUAACGAUGACAAAAAAUCGAUACAAUUGUCACCUAGUUCACCUAGUGUUUUAAGUAUCGAAAAGAAACAUUUGCUAUGGGAUGGGAAAGAGGUAGAGAUAAUUGUAUUAGACAGUGAUUCUGAAAAGGACGAUGAUGUGACUAUUGAAAAGGAUCCUGACAGUGCGGCAGCUUCUAAGGUGAACAAUGACAAUAAUAUGGUGCUGGACUGUGAUGAUGAAUACAUCUACAUAUACGACGAUGAUGACGAACAUGCAUAUCUAGACCAACAGCAACAGGAAGAACAGAGGAUUUUAGAGGUUGAUUCUGACGAGCUUUUCUUAAAAGACGAUCCACAGGAUUUGAUGCAAGACAUACAAUCAGCAAUAUUUUAUUGGCAUUGGGAUGAAGACGUGAAGAAAAAGUUACCGAUGGCUCCAUUAAUAAAUGACGAUUUUACACUUUACUUACAACUUCAGAAUGCAAUAUCCAGAUCUACACUUAGUCCUGAAGCUGUUGAAAAACUUAAAAGGGAACUGCCUCCGAUACCGGAAGGAAAACUUGACGCUCGUGAAUCAUGGGACAAUUACUUUAAAUUUAGAAAGGAAUAUGCUAUUAACAAACGCAUGGCUCAAAGGCAACGUUAUGAAAAAAAUUAUAUUGGAGAUAGUGAUGAUGAUGACUUGACUUAUGCUUCUGGGAGUAAAACUUCAUCACGCCCCAAAAAAAGAUUUAAAGAAACUGCUGAAGUAAUUGAACAACGCAAAGAAAGAAUGGCUCUUGAACAGGGAUACAGUAGGCGUUAUGCGGAGUAA